AUGGUGCAUCUCACUUUGGCACCCUACCGAUUGGUCUGUUUUGGAGUUUCUUCCAGCUUUUGCCGAAGUAGUUUUAGCAACGAAGACGGCAUGCCCUACUACGCUUACUAUGGAUUGGAACUUCUCCGCAUUGUAAACGGAAUCCAAAAUGUUGUGCUUCGAUCGGUUGGUUUGGCCAUGAUCAUGGGUGUGACUGGAGCCUUCAGAGCGGCAGAGGUUAUGUUUGGAGCUUCCUUGGCGCCCCUGGUUAUUGGAAUUCUAUUCUUUGUCAGUUACCGCAAGAAGAACCAACAGAACAAGACAAAAGCUCUUUAG